AUCCGACGUGAAGAAGAAACAGUUGAUCUGGUACAUACCUUGGUCUGUGAACAGAUUUACUUCUUAUAUUCUCUGUCAGUGUGGAGCCUCUUAUUCACACCCCGGUUAGAAGUACGGGUAACACCGCCGACGGGGUAAGCAGGUGCCCAUGAACAUGCGCGCCUCUUUAACAGCACCACAAGCUACAGAGCUAAACCUUUAGCACGUUGUUUUACGUUAGUUUUAUUCAAAAUACGUGACUGACGCAUCUCACUCUGUGAAGUAUUAAGUAUUAGUUAUCUUACAUUAAUAUGAGCGGUCCUCUGCUGACAGAGAGAAACAUAUAAUCAUGUUAGAAGGUGAAACAGGAGAGAGACAUGUCAACAGCUCAGGCAAACUACUUCUGGGUCAACGACCACAUCCGGUACUAGAAACUUCACAAUAAAAGCCAUCGUAUUUUUGUCGCAUUCAAGCCAGACAGGACUAUUUAUCUAAGUCUUUUAUUGUGAAAACCACCAGUAAGUUUGACCAGGAAAUGAUUUGCAACGAUUUGAAAACGAAACCCUGAAUGAACAGUCUUAAACACAGCGCGUUCAAGACCUCGGAUCUUAAACUUGCCGGUACAUGUCCAGCAGUGAGGGGGGGUGAGAGUGGGCGCGUCUCAUUCAUUAAACGUCCAGGAUCAUGGACUUCUCUGCAGACCUCCCGAGGAUGAGCGUCGUGUUGACACCACUGAGCAGCUGAUGGAGGGAGAGGAGCUGCAGACAUCCAGGACUUGUUUACAGAGUUACUCAAAGUUAGUGCUGUGGAUCAUAGAGUAUGUCUGGGCUCACAACAUGAUUCACAUACUGGAGGUGUUGGACUCCUCUCAUUGGCUGGAAACAGAAAUAGACUCUCAUCCUCUGAGCCUGGAGGAUUCCCUGAGUCUGCGCGUCGGCUCUGCUCGGGUGUUCUUUAUCGUGAAGUGCAGGAACAGCCAACAGUUUGAGAAAGUGAUUGGCUUUCUGGAAAACACCUACAGACUUCUGCCCAGACUGGUGUCUCCAAUCAAACACAUGAAGAUCAUGUUUGGCCUUAAAACCAUGGUCAUCAUGAGGAUGCUGAAGGAGAGACGAGGCCUGGUCGACACUGUGUUUAAAAUCAACCAGCUGUUCCCAAGUAAACUACCUCAGUACCAAGAUCAGUGUAGCCAACGUCAGAUGUUCCUCAUGAAGAAGAACCAUCUGGACUUUAAGGCUUUCACACAAGCUCUCGCUCUGGAGAAGGACAAACUUGAAGAUUAUAUGAAGAAUCAGAUGGAGGAUCAGUACGGGGAGCAUUAUGUCCAAAAGGUGGAGGACAGACUGCUGAACUACCUGCACAGACUGGACACCGUGCUGCCAGGAGAUACCUAUGCAGAUAAGAUGCUGAAGAGAGAAAGUCCUGAGACUGAGGAGGAGAAAAUGUUGUUUAAGGUUGUAACGUCAGACUCCACGACCAUCGCCACGACUCUAAAGAAGCUGCUGCACUGUGAUGUGUCCUGUUUUGUCCUGGUGUCAAAAAAUGGAAACCAAAAAACAGAGACCUCUCUCACCGCAGAGUCCGCUCCACACGGCAGCAUCUCAAGAACUCCUCUACAAGGCAAAAGUCAACAGGUGUCUAAGGACAGCCAACCUCUGAUGGAGAAUGAAAAUGAUCCAGAUCUAAGGACGCACCAGCAGAUGGAGGAGGAUGGAGGGAUGGUCAGGAGGGUGGAGGAAGAGAACAGGGACCAGAGCUCCACCUCUCCUGCGUCUCCUCAGUUCUGCUCCAAACACCAGCGAUGGGUGAAGAGCAUCCUGCAGGAGUGUCCCGUCGAGUGCUCAGAAGAGCUGCAGCUUCUGGCCAACGUUUCUUCAUCAUCUCCCCCUCUGUUUCGGUCUUCCUCAUCUGGCUCUUCAUCAGAGGACCUCACCCCAUCUAACCUCAUCCAGUUGCCCUUCAAUCAACAAUAUCCACCUUCACAGACAUCCACCCGUCUUCAGACAUCCAAACCAGCAUCCCCUGAAGACUUGAGAGGGGCUAUGCAGUCUGGCAUGUUGUCACCAGUGGUCCGACUAAUAGACAUCGCCUCAACGAAAAGCUUCUGCACCAUCUUUAAACACCAACAAGCAUCUCCGAAUCACAACCAACAGGCAGCUUCAGGUUCCAGUCCUCGGGUGUUAACCUCAGGAGAUGAAGCCAUACAUCAUAAAACAACGACAGACUCACCGUUCAACCAAUCAGAAGCCUUUGCUCCAAAACAUCCUCCAAACUCAACACAUGAAGUUCAACCAGCAGCUGUAUCUCUGGAUGAAUCCACUUCUCCCUGCUGUAGAUUACAGACUAGAAGGUGGUCCUCCAGAGUUUCAAAGAGGAGCAGAUCUACUUCCAACAUUUACUCAGAUUCAGAGCGUCAGGCCGGACUCAGUGUAGACCGUUCAGCCCCCUUAGGGAGCAGUUGUCCUCUCACAGAGUUCAAUGUCUCUGGUCCUCUUGAACGAGAUGCUUCUACCUCUACUUCUCAGUCAGGGAGACUUAUCUCACUCUGCGCUGAUAACAGGAUCUCUUUAUCCUCUGGAUUAUUUCAACAUGUCGUCCUUCCAAAGUCAGAACCUCUUUCUCAAGAACACAUCAGUCCUUCAAACACUUUACCUUCCUUUCACGUCAUCUCCCCAAACUCUAAUCGCCUCUCCGUCACCUCUGAGACCAGCAGAGUCCAAAGAACCCAGCUCAAGUUGUCUCUGCGCAGUCAGGCUAUGCUGCUGCAGUCCAAGCUGCUGCAGCCGUACGUGAGUCUCGUCAGGCUGAGCGUGCAGGAGUGUGACAGAGAGACUGAGGGGGUGCAGUGGACCGAGGACAACACGGAGGAGGAGGAGGAGGAGGAGGAGGAGGAGGAGGGAGAUGAUGAUGAUUCAAUGUUUGAUGUGAAUGCUCUUUACUCCAGCUCUUCAGACAGUGAUAGCGAGUACUCUCUUCGUUGUGACCCUGACUACAAACCCAGCUUCAAGAGGAGAAGACUUCUUCUGGAGUAUGAGGCCUCACGGAGCGUGAACAGCGUAUGAGGGUCGUUGGGGUUCUGGGUUCAAUAUGAGACUGAUGCUGAAAUGAUAUCCAGUUUAAACCAUCAGGCAUCUACAUAUUAGUCAAAAGUACAUUUUAUCAAAGACAAGUUUAAACUGGAUCGAUAAGACUUGAUAUUUAUAAAUAUAUUUUUAUGUAUUGAUACAGUUUCUGAUCACCAUGGCCUUACAGCAGGUGAUGGUGAACACACUGCAUCUCAUAAGAUCAGCAUGUUUACACUCCAUCUGAUGUGUAUAUUUAAAAACAACACGUGUAGAUAUGCUCAAAACCCAUCAGCUGUUUGCUUCAGGUCUAACCUUUAACCUCUACCCUCCAAGUGUUGUGCUACUCUAACAACAAAGGUGCACUCAUAGUGUGAUUGUUGGAUAUGUUGUAAUGCAUCCUGGCAGAGAACUAAAAACUUCAAGUGAUAAGUAGAAAUACAAAUCAGGAGCUUGAGAAAAUAUCAGGUGAAAUGAAGUGUUUUUCAUGCUGCAGACUGCUUCAUCUCGACCGAGGCAGGACUCCCCAAUGAGGCCUUUUUCCUCAGCAUUUAAAAAACGAUCUGUGUUUGUCCGACCAUGUUGUGUAAACGAUCUGUGUUCAGAUGGAUUUGCACACAAAAAAAAACACUGGGGUGUGUAUGCCAGGCCAGUAGUUGGUGGUAUAACUUUGUAACUUUGUCCACCAAAGAACACCAGAUGCCUGUGCAUGGAGCCGUUCUUCAACAGAGCAAAGAGCACAAACAACUUUCUCCACUUACAUGAUGGUAUACUGAUAUAACAGUCUGGGUAAUCCCUCCGAUCAGCUCUGAUGUAUAAAGUUAUAACUGGUUCAGGUUUUAAUUGUUCAGUCGGUUUGAGUGUUAUUGAUCAGCUCCUGGUUCAAAGUUAUAUCACUAUAGGAUAAAGACACACUGGAAUUAAUGCUCAGACAUUAAAUCUUACACCUGCUACUUUUAGAAGUUUGGGCUGUAAUUUACAUUUUACUAAAACACAUCAAACACGACUGUUUUCAGUGUGAAAGGAUGCGUCAGAGUGAUAACCUCAGAUUCAGUUUGAGGCGCUUUGACAUCUUUCUCUUCUGAUGUUGCAGCCUGAAGCUUCAUCAUCUCCUCCAACAAACACAGCCAACUCUAUUUAAAGCUUGUUUACAGUAAACUGUUGUUGUUGUUGUUGUUAAAACCUUUGUAUGCUUCCUCCUCCACUUGAAAGCAAAGACACUCAGGUAGAUGUUAGCGUUCUGUAGCAUAUGGAGGCUAAAGGGUCUUAUGUUUCUCUCAUGAGCUGAUGGAGCCUCAAAAGGAGAUUAACAGCUCAUCUAAUGUGCUUAUUAUUAUCCUUCAGGUGAAAACAAACUCCAAAUGAAUGUUGAUGUUACUCUUUGUGUGAACAUGCCAUAGAUUGCAGCAGUGGGGAAUGUGAAUUUUUGGGUGAUGUCAUUAGAAAGCACAAAGUAUAAAAGCUCUGAUGCACGCCGGUUUACAUAUUUUAUGACAGCAUUAUUAGCUUUUACCUCUUGAAUGUUUGAGUGUUUUGCAACCAGAGAAAAAAAAGUUUGUCAGUGAACGUUUGUUUUAUGAAAUCAUUGAUUAAUAAGAAUAAAAGACUCAGUGAGUUCCUUGAAGAA